AUGGUCAUCAGAGGCACUCAAUUAGAUGGCGUCGCUCUGGUCGUCGGCUCUGGUCGCGGCAUCGGCCAACAAGCCGCCUUCUCCCUAGCCGAAGCAGGCGCCCGUGUCAUCGUCUUCGCCGACAUGAACACCGAAACAGCCACUGCCUCCGCCGAAGAGAGCAAGCAAUACGCCACGAACCCCGAAUACCAAUCCACCCACUUCACCGUCAACGUGACCGACCAAGACGGCGUGCAAGCCAUGGUUGACUUUGUCGUCGAGAAGUUUGGACGGCUGGACUAUGCCGUCAACGCUGCAGGAGUCGACAACGGCGUGCACACCCCCUUCGCCGACACCGACAUCGACAACUUCGACCGCGUCCAGACCAUCAACGCCCGCGGUAUGUUCCUCUGCUGCCGCGCCGAAGCCGCCGCCAUGCGCAAGCAGACCUCGCGCACCUUUACCAGCCGCACCGGCACCCGGGACAUUGGUCGCGGCGCCAUCGUGAACGUCUGCUCAGCUAACUCCUUCGCCGGACUGCCCGGGAAGGGAUCGUAUACCGUCUCUAAGCAUGCUUGCAUGGCGGUGACGAAGAUGGUUGGACUGGACCACUCCGCCGAAGGCAUCCGCUGCAACGCCGUAUGUCCCAUCUGGGUCCGCACCCCUCUUCUUGACGUCGAGUUGGAGCGGAACCCCCAGGUGCGCGCAGAGAUUGAGGCCGUUAUACCUAUUAAGCGUGCGGCGGAGAGUGAUGAGGUGGGCGAUACGAUUGUUUAUUUGCUUAGUCCGUCGGCGAGUUAUGUUAAUGCUACGAGUUUGUUGUUGGAUGCGGCGGUUACGGCGACGUUGAGGUUUCAUUGA